AUGUCUCUCCUCACAUUAAUGAAGAUCUAUCUUGUCUCCUCCACCGACUCGGACGAGUUCACCCGCCUAAAAUGCUCCUUGGCUCGUUCCACGGUGAUCGCGUUGGACGCGGAGUGGAAGCCGCAACGCUCUAGUACGUCGUCGUUUCCGAUCGUUACUCUCCUCCAAGUCGCGUGCCGACUCGGUCACGGCUCGGAUGAUGUUUUCCUUAUUGACUUGACUUCGAUUCAUCUCCCUUCGGUGUGGGAGCUGUUGAACGAUAUGUUCGUGUCUCCUGAUGUGUUGAAACUUGGGUUUCGGUUUAAGCAGGACUUGGUUUACUUGUCUUCGACAUUUACUCAACAGGGAUGUGAGGGGAGGUUCAACGAGGUGAAACAGUAUAUGGAUAUCACAAGCAUAUACAAUCAUCUACAACAUAAGCGGUUUGGGAGAAAGGCGCCAAAGGAUAUCAAGAGCUUGGCAGCUAUUUGCAAGGAGUUGCUAGACCUUUCUUUGUCAAAGGAGCUUCAAUGUAGUGACUGGUCACACCGUCCUCUUACAGAAGAACAGAAACUAUACGCUGCAACAGAUGCUCACUGCUUGCUCCAAAUAUUCGAUGUGUUCAAGUCAAAUCUUGUAGAAGAAAUCACAUUGCAAGAUCCUAAAGAUAUAAACGUUGGCUUAAAAGAUAUUCUCAAUGGAUCAGAUUGUACCAGUAAGAUUGUCACGGUCAAACUGUGCAAGGCUGCGGAUGUAAUCAGGGCAAUGACUGAAAAUGGUCAAAACAUUGCCAACGGAAUGGUUUCUAGAAAAACGACGCUGAACACAAUGCCAAUGGAUGAGAAUCUGUUGAAGAUCGUCAGGAAGUAUGGAGAAAGGAUCUUGUUGAAGGAGUCUGAUCUUCUACCAAGGAUCUCCAAGAAGAAAACAAGAAGACGUACCUCCUUGAAGAAUGGGAACUCAGAUAAGCAUUUGGUCUGUUCUAUGGAAUGGCAAGGUCCACCCCCAUGGGAUUCAUCUUUGGGUGGUGAUGGCUGCCCUAAGUUUCUAUUGGAUGUGAUGGUUGAAGGUUUGGCGAAACAUCUGCGUUGUGUGGGGAUUGAUGCUGCAGUUCCACCCUCAAAGAAGCCAGAUUCAAGGGAGUUGCUUGAUCAAGCAUUGAAAGAGAAGAGAGUUCUAUUGACAAGAGAUACAAAAUUGUUGAGACACCAAGAUUUGGCUAAGCAUCAGAUAUAUAGAGUCAAGAGCCUUCUGAAAAAUGAGCAGCUACUUGAGGUGAUAGAGACUUUCCAGCUAAAGAUCAGCGAGAAUCAAUUGAUGUCAAGAUGCACGAAAUGCAAUGGAAAAUUUAUCCAGAAACCGCUGACCAUUGAAGAAGCUAUUGAAGCAGCAAAGGGUUUCCAAAGAAUACCAAACUGCUUAUUUAACAAAAAUUUGGAGUUUUGGCAGUGCAUGAACUGCCAUCAGCUCUACUGGGAGGGAACUCAGUAUCAUAACGCAGUUCAGAAGUUCAUGGAUGUAUGCAAGUUGAGUGAAUGAUUCAUGUUUUUUUUCUUUCUUUUGCUGAAGAGUUUCAUGUCACUUUUCUCUUAGCCUUGGUUCCCUCGUCAUGUCUGAGCAAACAUGAUGUGUUUUGUAAUAAUAAUUUGUUUGGUUUAGAAAAGAAAAACUUUUAACAAA